GGAGAUGCCAAACCAUUUAUUCAUGUCAUGUUGACAAGUUUACUUUGGAUUUGUGGAAUAACAGCUCUGAAAACUUUUAGACAAUUUAUUUUGGAUGUUAUUCGAGUUUAUUGGAGAAGAAAUUUAACUUAUCAUACACAGAGGAGAUAUUUCGAGAAUAGUAACUUUUACAAAAUGUUGUUACUUGAUAAGAGAAUUGAUAAUCCAGAUCAAAGAAUUACCAAAGAUGUAGAGAAUUUUGUAGAUAUGACUUGUAAAUUAAUUGAGAGUGUUUUCACAGGACCAAUCACUGUAUUUUACUAUACUGUCACUGUGUUUAUGAAUUUGGGUUGGCAAGGGCCUCUUUUCUGCUUUGUCUUUUUCAUUAUUGGUUCCAUUUGUAACAAGUUGAUUAUUUCACCAAUUGCUAAUUUGUGGUUUAUUCAAGAAAAGUUUGAAGGAAAUUUCAGAUAUACUCAUGCAUUGUUAAGAUCAAAUGCAGAGUCUGUUGCCUUCUAUGGAGGAGAAUCAAAUGAAAAGAUCAAGUGCAAUCAAAAGUUGAAAGGAGUAAUCAAGAAUAGAAGAAAGAUUGUUGUGUGGAAUUUACUCUUGAAUGGAAAUAUGAAUUUAUUUGGUUAUGUUGGAAGUAUUUUGGCAUAUGUGAUUGUUGCCAUUUCUGUAUUCUUGAUUGGUGGAUUUAUUGAUGCCAAUGCUACAGCAGGUGAAAUUGCUGGCAAGAUUUCUGUUUCUUCAUUCCAAGUAAUGAUGCUCAUCUAUGGUUUUACCACCUUCAUUCAGACUGGUGCUAAUAUUUCAGAACUUGCUGGUUUUACUGGAAGACUCGGUGAAAUGUACGAAGUGAUGAAUGAAAUUGAGAAGGAUACUGAAUUGAAUAAUAUUGGAAAGGUUACUGAGGAACACUCACUUUUGGAAUCAACAACAUCCAAUAAUAAUUAUCAACAAGAAUCGGAUAGAUCUGGAUCCACCGAUACUAACGACGUGAACUAUAUUGAAUUUAAGAACGUCUCUGUAUCUGUUCCAAAAGGUAUCAGAGAAAAGUACAGAACCAAUCACAACCUUGUUGAAAAUCUUAGUUUCAAGAUUUUACCAACUCAACACACUUUAAUUGCAGGUCCUAGUGGUUGUGGUAAAUCAUCAGUUUUAAGAAUUUUGGCAAAUUUGUGGCCAAACAACUCUGGACAAAUUAUCAAACCGUCCACAACUCUUGGAAACAGUUCGAAACCAAAUAUUUUCUACGUUCCUCAAAACCCUUACAUUUCCAGUGGUUCGCUAAGGGAUCAAAUUACUUACCCACUCAAAACUCCAAAGAGAAAUGUGGAAGAUCAUCCAGCUCUCUUAGAAGCCAUUCAGCAGUCUCGACUCGAAUAUAUUCUCGAACGAGUUCAUAAGAAGGAUUGGGAUGGUGAGUGUAAUUGGAAUGAAUUGUUGAGUCCUGGAGAGAAGCAACGUUUAGCUCUUGCUAGAAUCUUUUAUCACAAACCUAAAUUUGUAAUUCUCGAUGAAGCAACCAGUGCUUGUGAUGUAAAUGUUGAAGAGAUGAUUUAUCGUGACAUUAUCAAACAAGGAUCUACAGUCGUUUCAGUUGGCCAUCGUCCAACCAUUGUGAAAUUCCACACUCACAUGCUUAGACUGAAU